AUGCUUUUCAAUCCUGCAAAGUCUUUUGUGUCGCGCAUCGCCGGCCAUGCUGUCCGGAAACCUAUCUCCAGUGUACCCCGAGUAACGGCUUUUCCAGCAGCUCUUAGAAUACAGCAGCAGCAGAGAGGAAUGGCUAGCGCUGGUACCAAAGACUACACUGUUAGAGAUGCUCUGAACGAAGCCCUUGCUGAGGAGUUGGAGAGAGAUGAGAAGGUUUUCAUCAUGGGCGAGGAAGUUGCGCAGUACAACGGAGCAUACAAAGUUACCAAAGGCUUGUUGGAUAGAUUUGGCGAUAAGCGGGUUAUUGACACUCCAAUUACCGAGCAUGGUUUCGCCGGUCUUGGUGUAGGAGCUGCACUUGCUGGUCUUAACCCUGUAGUUGAAUUCAUGACUUGGAAUUUUGCUAUGCAAGCAAUUGAUCAAAUUAUCAACUCUGGAGCUAAAACCCAUUACAUGAGUGGUGGUAUUCAGCCCUGCAGCAUCACCUUCCGUGGCCCCAACGGGUUUGCCUCUGGUGUCGCCGCCCAGCACUCGCAGGAUUACUCUGCGUGGUACGGAAGCAUUCCUGGCUUGAAAGUAGUCACUCCAUGGAGCGCCGAAGAUGCGAAGGGUCUGUUGAAGGCUGCCAUCAGAGACCCCAAUCCAGUUAUGGUUCUUGAGAACGAACUAUUAUAUGGGCAGACUUUCCCCAUGUCCGAGGAAGCUCAGAAGAGCGACUUUGUUCUCCCUAUUGGAAAAGCAAAAGUUGAGCGUGUUGGGAAAGAUCUUACCAUUGUGACACUGUCCCGCUGCGUCGGCCAGGCACUCACGGCUGCGGAGAACAUCAAAAAAAAGUAUGGCGUUGAGGUUGAGGUCAUCAACCUACGUUCAGUAAAGCCUCUUGAUGUUGAGACCAUCAUCAAGUCCGUUAAGAAGACCAAUCACCUCAUUGCUCUUGAGAGCGGUUUCCCUAGCUUCGGUGUCUCCAGUGAGAUUUUGGCGCUGAGCAUGGAAUACAUGUUUGACUUUUUGGAUGCCCCUGCUCAGAGAAUCACUGGUGCUGAGGUUCCAACACCAUAUGCCAUCGGACUUGAGGCUCUUUCUUUCCCCGACGAGGCACUCAUCGAAAAGAAGAUCGUCCAGCUCUUGAGACUGUAG